GGCUUUAUUGUCGACGUCGGCGGUGAGAUCAGAGAGUGAAGCGGCGGCGGCUGGAGGGCGGGAGGGCGGGAGCAGAGAGCCGACACCGCGGCAGCAAGGCGGCAGCUGUGGUGGAAAUGGUGGACUACUACAAUACUUUGGGGAUCCCUCGCAGUUCUUCUCCAGAAGACAUUAAGAAAGCUUACCGGAAGCUGGCUCUGCGAUGGCACCCUGACAAGAACCCAGAUAACAAGGAUGUGGCAGAGCACAAGUUCAAGGAGAUAGCGGAGGCGUAUGAAGUGCUAUCAGACAGAAAUAAACGAGACAUUUAUGACAAGUAUGGAAAAGACGGAUUAGUUGGACCAGGUGGCAGACCGCCCAGAAUGGGCACAGAGUUUCCAGAUUUUAUCUUCUCGUUCCGUAGCCCUGACGAAGUAUUUAGGGAGUUCUUUGGCGGACGAGAUCCUUUCGCAGAGUUGUUUGAUGAUUUUGGUCCUUUUUCUGAAUUGGGAGGCAGUAACAGAUCUCGACAACCUGGAUCUUUGUUCUCAUUCCCUUUUCCCACCGGAUCAGAAUUCUCCUCGUUCUCCACCAACUUUGGCGGCGGUGGAAUCGGCAAUUUCCGAUCGAUCUCGACCUCCACGAAGUUUGUCAAUGGCAAGCGCGUGACCACCAGAAAGGUUGUGGAGAACGGUGAAGAGAGGGUGGAGGUGGAGGAGGAUGGGCAGCUGAAGUCGGUUCGAGUGAACGGUGUGGAAGACCAGAUGGCCCUCGCGUUGGAGAUGAGCAAGAGGGAGGAGAGGCAGCGACUGGAGGCCGAGACCUCGCGAGGGGGGACGUCCGCUGGGAACCUGCCCCCCGGCCCCGGCCCCGGCUACGCGCGGGACGAGGACGAUGAGGACGAGGACCUCCAGCUGGCCAUGGCCUACAGCCUGUCGGAGAUGGAAGCCCAGGGGCGCGGAGCAGGAGCGGAAUUCCAGGCAUACUCAGGCUGACUAGCUAUCGUUAUUUUCCAACAGGAUUGGAAGUCAGGGGUGGAGGCUGGCACGACCGGGGCGUAUUUGACAGGCAGUACUCGCGAUGGCUGGGAGAUCAACGCUGUAACGGUUCUGAGCUGUUGUUUCUCCAAAUUCAUUUUAUGCAGGAGCACUUUAACUGGGAAUAUGCAGCACUGUCCUUUGUGUGUUUGAAAAUGACCGGACAAUUCGGAGUGCACCAUGUGUACGCAGCAAUUUACUGUUUAAUGAAAGAUUCUGUUCUGAA